UUGCCGGGGCCUGGGCCCGGCCUGGGCUUCAGUUGUCGUCUGCCUCUCGAGUCGAACGGAGCGGAGGAGGCCCCGUUCGCGCCCCUCUCUCUCGCUCUCUCGCAGCCCUUCCCUCCCCCACUCUCCCCGCGGCGCCCCUCUCCCGCGCUCUCCGUUAGUCCAUCCACCUGCGAGGAGGGUCUGGUCCGCGCGGCCGCCGAGUGUUUCUUUCUCUCUCUCUCUCUUUUUCUCUCUCUCCCUCUCCUGUCAAUCUCAGUCGCACCGACGCCUCGGUGGCGCGGUCAGUGUGUGCACGCACGGAUACACAUUCAGUUAUAUUACCUUGGAUUACAUCGACCGCCAGGACACGUCGUUGGCAGUGGACCAUGCCCCCGUGCUGAUCGGUCGGCGGCUGGCAUGACUCGGGGCCCCCCCGCCCCUGCCCAGCAGCCUGCUGCCCUCCCAACAUGGAGACCGUCAGCGUGUCCCUCCCCCCUCCGCUGCCACCGAAGACGAGAAAGAAGCCUUGCGGCGGACAACAACUUAGGCCCUUCCAGGAAAGCGGACGCGGGCCGGACAGCGUCCAGUGCCGCUACACGGACGCGGCGCCGGUAGCCGCGGUGGCCGCGCCGCACUCGGGCGCCGGCGCCGACCGGGUUCACGUCGUGAGUAUCCGCAUUCGGCCGGAGGAGAGCAUCUGCAGUAGCAGCAGCAACAGCAGCGCGGCAAGCGCCGGCGCCGACGGCUGCGUCCGCAUCAGCGUGGGCGGCACGACGCCGUCGCCGCCGCCGCCCUCCACCGCCGUCAUGGUGGCGAGGACCUCGACGACGGCCGUGUCGCCGUCGCCGCCCGACGCCGCUGCCUUCCUGUUCUACAACGGUGUGGCCAUGACGACGAGCGGCCAGGCUUCGCCCGUCGACAGCGGCACCUGCAGCGACGACGCCGCCGACGCCGCCACGCCGCCGCCGCUGCCGCGCAAGACGUCCACCUCGCGGCUGGGCGUGCGCGUGACGGUGAACAGCGCCGGCCCCGAGGACCGCUUCCACAGCGACCCGGAGGACGAGCGCUGCUCCAGCACCAUGAGCUGCGACUCGCUCAACAGCCUGGACAAGGUGGCCUGCUUCCUCGACGACCACCGUAACCACCACCUCCGGGCGGUGCCGGAUGUCUCCAAGCUGUCACUGUCGCCCGCGACCUCACCGGCCGAGACGCUGACGCCGCCGUCGACGGACACGUCCCUGGACAGCGCCGCCGAGGUGGUGGCCGUGCGCCGGAAGCCCGCCGUCGACGAGCAGACCUACGAGGACCGACGCGGGUGCGGCAGCAGCAGCAGCAGCGGCGUCGCCACGCCCCCGGACCACUACUACGACUUCCACCUCAACGAGCGCGACGCGGUGGAGGCGGGCGAAGAGGAGGACACGUUCGCCGGCUGCAGGGACUACACCCUGGACGAGCCCGUCACCGUGCCCGCCACCAUCAAGAGCUCCAAGGGCACGGUGCGCGGCGUGCGCAACCGCGUGCGCGCCGGCGUCGCCACCUUCCUCAGCAUCCAGCACAACCGGUCGUGGAAGGACAAGGAGGCGGGCAAGGUGGUCGUCUUCACGACCACCAUGGGUGUGGUGCGCGGCACGUACCAGCGCUGCGUUCGCGUCAAGCAGAUCCUGCGCACGCUGCUCGUGCGCUUCGACGAGAAGGACGUGUUCAUGUCCCGCGAAGUGCAGGGCGAGCUCAUGGAGCGCAUGCGUCUGGACAGCAUCCAGGUGCCGCAAGUGUUCGUCGAGGGACAGCACGUCGGGGAUGCGGAGACAAUCGAGCGGCUCAACGAGUCCGGUGAACUUAGGAAAAUGCUCAAACCCUACAAGAGUGCGGACGCGUGCUCCACGUGCGAGGUGUGCGGCGGCUACCGGCUGCUGCCCUGCGCCGUGUGCAACGGCUCCAAGAAGUCCGUGCACCGCAACAACUUCACUGCCGAGCUCGUCGCCCUGAGGUGCAUGAAUUGCGACGAAGUGGGACUCGUCAAGUGCUACGCCUGCUAAGCCAAACUUGGUCUCCAACAACGUUGGAGAUGAGCGAUGACACACAAAAAUGAGUGUUUGAAGAAGCACACGAUAAGAGACUUCUGGGAUAAGCGACCGAACAAGUUUUCAACCUCCGCUAACAUUUCGUAUAAUGUUGACGUUUUCUCAAUGAAAACACAGGAAAGCACGUUAUCAUGUCUAGAUGAAAAAUAUAGUUGUCCACAGGAACGCCUUUCUGGUAUUUGGUUAAGUCUAUCCCUCCGAAUAUUAGAGUCCACAGAAGAAGUGUUUAAAAGUAAUUUGGAAACCAUUUUUGUUUUUUUGAAUCUCGUUGUGUGCUUGCUUCUUUUUAUUUUACGUUUGCUUGAAAAUGUCUAUAUGUGUAUACCUUGUAAAUACUGAGUCACUGUCUAUUAAACUUCAUUAAACGUAAUGUUAGGCAAAUACGUAGGUAUUAAAUAAAAAUACAAAAACAUUAAUUUGUAACUUUGCGUCGGCCUGCUUCACCGCACCUUGACUGACAGGUGUGGAAAGCAGUCGCCGAUACUCCGUGCUCAUGAAAUAUAGUGUCUUCGAGGAUCGGAGUAUAUCCCCUGCUAUACUCCGCUCCACAAGAUCGGUCACGAUUUUUUAAUACACGUAAUAAGUUGUUGUUAGAACUGACUCUUUUGUACUGCCAACCAACAUGUGAGAAUGUUCCCAAAUAACCUGUGAAAACUCAAAAACUUGCAUGUUUCGGACUAAAAUUGUAUGUAUUCUUUCUGUCUGGUUAGAUUUGCAGCACAUUAGAUCGGGUCACGUUAGUGAUAAAUGAAUUUAGUCCAACUCUUACAAGCAAGUGUAUUCAUUCUUGUUGGGCACGUGUUUAACUGUUUUCCAGUUUCGGCACCAACGAAAAUGACAGUAUAUCGGGCAUGCCAGAGCGGACGCUGUAGUGUUGCGAGAUUCCAUACCCUCCACGGCCGUUGGGGUAUGGGGCCUUACGGGCGGAGGGAGUAGGCAAACCAACGAAACUGCAGCGUCCACUCUGAUACUUCAGGUAGUAAGAGCCUGAUAGUACAGUUGUCACAUUGUGACUUGAAUACACAUCGCUAUCAUCCGAGUACAUGUUGAGUAUGUCAAGAAACCACCCUAAAUAAUUUAUAGUAUGUGAGUUAUCCUGUCCUAUUGGCGAGCGCUGUGUAAAUAAUCGCCAAUACCCAGCGUGCCACUGCCUUCAUAGCAAUAAAAAACUUUGUGAAUUCA